AUGGCCGUUCUCGGACGCCUGGCCAACAAAGUAGCAAUCAUAACAGGCGCCGCCUCAGGCAUUGGCCGAGCCACAGCAUUCGCCUACCACAAAGAAGGCGCAAAAGUAAUCUGUGCCGACAUUCGAGAAACAACACGCUACACCGGCAGCAAAGAAGAAGAAAACGGCACAACACAUGCCCGAAUCCAAGACUUAGGCGGCGAAGCCUUCUUCCACCACGUCGACGUAACCAACCCAGAAUCCGUCGAAACCCUCAUCAAAACCGCAGCCUCCAAAUACGGUCGUCUCGACAUCAUGGUCAAUCACGCGGGUGUAUCUCUCGAAGCGAAGAAUUUCCGACCUGUAUGGGACAUCGAACAGGAUGUAUGGGAAGGGACUCAAGCGGUGAAUUCGACGGGAGUAUUUCUCGGGACGAAAUUCGCGGUGAGGCAGAUGUUGAGGCAGGAAGCGUUUGCGAGUGGUGAUAGGGGUUGGGUGAUUAACACUUCUUCGAUCCUGGGGUUUGUGGGGGCGGAGCAUACGGCGGCGUAUUGUGCGUCGAAAGGAGCGGUUUUGAAUUUUACGAGGGCGGCGGCGGUGGAUUGUGCGCCAUUUAGGAUUCAUGUUAAUGGGAUUGCUCCCGGGUAUACGCAGAGUGCUAUGACGGGGCCGCUGUGGGAGGAUGAGGGGGCGAAGGCGAAGUUGCUGGGGAAGCAUCCGUUCAGAGGACUUGGGCAGCCGGAGGAUAUUGCUAAGGCUUGUGUGUUCCUUGCGAGUGAAGAUGCGCAGUGGGUGACUGGUCAUACCUUGCCUGUGGAAGGGGGAUACUUGGCUCAAUAG